AUGCGUCGAAUGGACUGGCGUACAGUCCCAUGGCUUGCGCUUCUGUACUUCCUUAACUUCCUUGACCGAGGCAACGUCGGCAAUGCCAAGCUGUAUGGCUUCACGACGGACCUGCACAUAACAGACACCCAGUAUUUGAUCGCACUUACGGUUUUCUUCUUCCCAUACGCAGUGUUCGAGCUCCCCAGCAAUAUCGUCUUGAAACGUUUGCGUCCGUCAAGAUGGCUCGCGUUCAUUAUGUUCGUGUGGGGAGUCACUAUGACAAUGCACGGAGUCAUCAAGAAUUAUGCAGGUCUCGUCGGUCUCCGCGUGCUGCUAGGGCUUGCCGAGGCUGGGCUAUACCCGGGCAUUGUCUACUAUCUGUCUUGCUGGUAUAAACGCUCCGAGCUUGGCACGCGAGUAGCUCUCUUCUUUACUUCCGCGACGAUCGCCGGAGCCUUCAGUGGCUUCCUGGCUGUCGCCAUCAACAAGAUGGACGGAAUCGGUGGAAAGCCCGGGUGGGCAUGGAUCUUCAUCAUCGAGGGUCUGUUCACCGUCGUUUGUGCUCUCGUGACCCCCUUCAUCCUGCAAGACUUCCCCGACACGGCGAAGUUCAUUAGUGAGCCAGAGCGUGUCUGGGUGAUUCGGCGCCUGCAGGCAGACAUGAAGUUCAGUGCCGGAGGGGAGAGCUUUAAGUGGAAGUACGUCAAACAGAGCUUGACCGACUGGAAGACGUGGUUAGCUAGUAUCGAUGGCCCGCUCUUUGCAUUUUCCCUUUUCACACCCACAAUUAUCAACGAGCUAGGAUACACUUCCACUGAUGCCAACCUCCUCUCCGUUCCGGUGUACGUGUGGGGAUGCAUCGUCACUGUGAUCGUCGGUUUUGUGGGAGAUCGAUAUGGGAAAAGAGCAGGGAUCAAUUUGAUUCUCUUUGGCACAGGUCUUGUCGGGUACAUCAUCCUGAUUGCGUCCACGAACCCAGCGCUCUCGUACUUUGCCGUAUAUCUGGCCGUUGCUGCCUGGGUAUCCAGCAACGUGGAAGGGUCCUACAAGCGCAGUGCGACGCUGGCCAUGGCCAUAGGAUGGGGCAACAUCAAUGGCGCCGUGAGCUCUAACAUCUACCGUGCAGUUGACAAGCCAUGGUACCGAAUGGGUCACGGCGUUGUGCUCGCCUACAUCGCGAUCGGUUGGCUAUCCUCACUCGCAUUCUAUUUCUUCUUGAAGCGCGAAAAUGCCCGUAGAGACGCGGGUGAGCGCGACGAGGUGAUCGUAGGUGUGGACAACAAACACGCCGACGAGAAGAAUGGCACGUACGAGAGCGUAGAGCAUGCGCGGAUGGACAAGGGCGAUGAGUGGAGCGGUUUCCGGUAUUCAUUAUAG